AUGGAUCAGACCGUCCUGUCGACCGAACUCUGCGCGUACACCCGACUCGUCACCUGUCAUAUCCUGAAGGAGGACAAGUCCUGUUACUUCCUGGACGGCGUCGAAGUCAAGUCGGGGAUCGGGGGUCCCGGAAAUCACAGAAAGACAACCGGAACGCUUGUGGUGGAAGGUUAUUCAAAAUUCACUGUUGUCGUAGAUUGUUCCGCUUGGUUUCUUCAUCAUCAACGUCGCCAGAGUGAUCAGUACGAUCCAGAUCACGAGUACGACGAUAUCGAGGCAAGCCUGUUCUUCGACAAACAGCUCGUCACCACCCUCGUCACCAAUGGAAAAGGAGGCCUGACGCAUCUUGUGUUUGACGGCGAAGCGUUGCAGGAGAGGAACUACAAGCCAUUUCUGAUGAAUGUCCAGAGAGCCAAGUCGAAAGGGCGAGAAAUUAACCUGGAACACGUUUGCAAGCCGGAGGUUAUCGACAUCAAGCUGAAAAGGUGCCGAUGCAAGGAAAUUAUAUACAAUCAUAUCCUGCCGGAGAGAUCGCGAAUGUGUGAAAAGUACGAUGUCGAGGAGUUGAAUGUAGAUAUCAGGCCGCAAGACUCUAGGUGGCACUAUCAGAUGUUCCGCAUUUAUUGCGCCCUCAGCCCGGAACAUGUGGCGGCAACGUAUCCAUAUCAAGCUACCGCCCCAACGUGUUUAAGUGGAUCGCAACCAAGCUCUCAAUCUCGGCAAAGUGCGGCGUUUUGGUCUGGCUCGAUGCCUUCUUCGCAAGCUUCAUCAUCUGCCAUACCGUCUCAAGUCUCACAAGUCUCUGGUGCGGCUACAAGAGAAGAGCCGAAGCGGAAGAAGACCAAAUAUCGGGGUUCUAUGCUUCGAGAUGACCUUCAAGAAAUAUUGGACCGUCAACGGAGGAACCCAUGGGACUCCGAGUCGACGACUGAAGACACAUCGCUCAACUUCUUUGCGGGUCGACUUCCAGGACCGAACGCAUCUGAAAGGCAAGAAGAGGCGUCUGUCAACUCGGAUGCUAUCCAAGAAUGUCGGAAUCUUGUGACCGAGAAAGAGGCUGCGGAAGAUGCACGCGCUUGGCAAGAGAUAUUGGCAGCUCAAGGGAGAUCCACCUUUGCCAAAGACUCUGAAGUGGGCUCGUCGCGCUUGAUAGCCCACAAGGACGUACAACAGGCAGAACCGAACGUCUCCGAGAACUGUUCGAUCGCGCUAGCGAAUUCUGCACCUGGGCUCGAGGCUCAAGAACGAGCUCCUUACGCUCACGGCAGCACUGUCCCGAUCAUCACUGAAAAGCAGCCAACGCAGGGUGAAACAGCGAAGGGAAUAUCGAGGGCUAGCUCGCCAUUGACUGCCGUGGAAAGCGAAAGCGGGAACGCUCUUCCGCUGGCCUUACAAGCGGCAGAUCUGGAUUGUCUUCGCCGAUGCGAGACUCCCGCGAACGACGAAGGUAAUACUCAACGGAAGGGUACACCGCCGAGGUGUACAUCUACAGUGCCUGUUGCCCAAGCCGACGCUGUCUCCAUCGCCGAUGUCGUCCAACAGAAGGCAGAUGCGCCAGGCACCAAUGCCAAUGCUGGACUUGUUUCCCCAAGUCCACCAAGCUUGUUCAAGGAACCGCUAGCGACUACCGAAAGCAAGGCGCAUAUCGAAUCUAUCAUCAACCACGAUUCGGAGGCGAAUCCAACACAAGCCGAGCGGACUACGAUGCAUCCGCCAAGGCCUUCGACAAAGAUCGCCACUCUAUCAGGACCUUCGGCCAGUGAGCCGCCAUCCGACACGCCAAUUCAAACCCGACCGCCGCCUGUGAGAAGUCAAGGGGAUAAUGCUUUAGUAUAUCCGACUGGGAGUUGCUGGUCGGGUGGACAGCCUGUUGCAGCUUGGGUGGAACAGGCUCGAGGCCAAAAGAGAUUGUCAACGGACGACAAUGGAUCUUCUCGCAAGAAGCAAAAAGUCCAGAAAGUCGCAAAGCGGAUGCCUCUGAACGAUCCGGCCGAGUCUUCAAUCCUCGAAAAUGAAUCUAGUGCUGCUAUCCUUACCGUCAACACACCUCGAACAGUGAGAAAGGAAACAGAAAUCGUGGUGAACAGUACCAAGCCGCAACCCUCUACCAUAACACCGGACGACAAGCAAGGUAGCGAUGAUCACUCGUUCGAGAUCCUCCCUUCGACGCCACACGACUUCAAGGGAAAGAGUAAGACCCAGGAAAAUAUGCCACAAGGUGAAACGACCAGACCUCCGAUAGUUUCGCUUCGAAUAAAAAUUCCUGAAGGGUAUACAGGUAUAUCUACAGGGGACAAAGCCAUAUCACCUUCUCGACCCCCGAUGUCGAAUUUUAGGAGGAUGGUGCAGGCAGGUUUACCUAUGGGUACGCCAGAGGCAGACAUGGCUGAGCCUACGCCUGAGGUAUUGAGCGGUGCUCUUGACCAGGUCCGGGCGGGAGAACAUUCGACGCCAAGGAUCAGACUUCGACUGGGAAAGGGAAAGGAGACCGGCGAGGCAGCGGGAAGAACGAAAGCGAAAGCGAAGCGUCGUCCUGCUGCUGAGACCGAUCGGAAGGAAAGGGAUAUUAAUGGAACACCCGAGUUCCGCAUAAAAACGGGGAUACUGGAAGCGGGAAGGAGCAGCGAGUUAGGGCAGCGACAAGGUCGAACAGGAGAUGGAAAAUUCACGACAGGGAACGAGAGGAUAGGAGAGAGGGAAUCUUCAGGGGCUUGCAUAUAA